UCUCUCCCGUCCAGGCUAUACUCCGAUUGGCUGUUUGCUCGCUCCGGGCCCUGGCGCUCAGAUUCCGGCCGCUCAGUCAGAUCUCCGCCGGCUCUGGGGUGACAUGCUGGGCUCCGGGGGCUCUGCGGAGCGGGGGCGGCUCCGUCAGCUGCUCCGGGGGAGUGUGGCUGGUCUAUGCGAACUGAAGCUUUUGCGAGAGAGGCAAGAAGUCCGGGUCCGGAGAGCCUUGCAAGGCGGAGAGGACCUGGACCGGCAGCUUUGGGAAUUGGAAAGACAACUAGGAGAGCUGCGACUGAGAGCUGAAAAUGACAGCGAGAACGCAAUGUAUGAGGAAGACGGUCCAGAGACGUGCGAUGUGUUUGUAGACCGUUCCCCUACAGGGAGGCAGACAGAAGCGCGAAUGCAAUAUGCAAGCGAGCGUCCCAAGAGCGCAGGUGAUUUGGUUGUGGGCUCCCAACACCCUCGCUCUUCCUCUUCCCGCCUCUUGGUUCCCCGAUCGAUGUCCGCUCCGUACCCUUCUCCUUCAUCCCCACCUCCUCCACCGCCAGCUUCCCGUCGGGCCGAAGGCUAUAUCCUUUCCCUCCUCCGCCGGCAACUUCGGACCCCGUACCUGCGUUCGGUCUCUGCUGAACGGCCUUCUCCUCCUCCCCCUCCCCCACAACCUCAAGUAUCUCGGAUGGCAAAUGCUUCCUACACGCCUCCUCACCGGGGGCCUCGCAGGAAGCACCCACCUCUCUUGAAAGGUCACAGCGUGGAAGGGUCCCCGCCCCGGGCCCCGAGAAAAUGUCUGUCUGCGGAGGAGCCACCCCGUAAGAGAGGGGGGAGGAGGACCCCAAGAUCUUUAUCUGAGACGAGUCUUAGGGACCCCAAUCAUAGAGGUGAAGAUGGAGGAGACGCUAGAAACCACACAGAGACCUGGGAAGGACAACAAGGCAACGUAGAUGGUUGGGCAGAUCAAAGAGGUCCUGCGGAGGGUUGGAUAGGUGCGAGAGGUCGCUCUGAAGGAUGGAUGGAGCAGAGAGGUCUCUCGCAGGAAUGGGGUGAACCCAGAGGUCAUAUACAGGAAGGAGGGCGAUGCUACACGUUGGGCAGAGAAGGCAGGGGUCCUCCAAUAAAGAUUGGCCCUUCUUGCAGAAAGUGGAGGUCCACGGCAGAGAUUAGUGCUGGGGGCCAGGAAGUGGAUCCUAGAGUAAAUUCUGGUGGGGAAGAGGAGGAGGAUGAAGGGGGGCUUGUAUGGCCCCUGCAGCUCCCCCCGCGGGACGCAGAUGGACGCCCCCAAAUGUUUAAAGUGAAGGCGUCGCAAGCCCUGAAGAAAAAGAUCAUGAGGUUUCACACAGAGUCGCUCAAGGUUAUGACGACCGUGUGACCCCGAUGCCAACACGAGCCAUCCGACGUUUGUCAUCCACCUAUGUACAUAGAGACCGUGUCUAAGGUUACAAAAUACUAUGGAUGUGAUGACUUCUCCACGAAUAUACAUACAGGGUUUCAAUGUAUGGCGAUCAGGACAAGUCUUGUAGUAAUCGACCA